UUACCAGUCGACAUUCCAUUCCAAGCCGCCGUUUGUUCAACAAUACACAACGCAUUUUUUCUUCUAUUUCGCAAUUUUCCCAUUUGCAUUAUUGCGUUGCGUAUUUAGUUUAUUAAGUGAUUUUAACAUAUUUGCGGCGUGUGUAAAUGUUGUUCUCGUGUAUUCCGUGUAUAAUUUUAAACUAUAUUUGAACAAACAGACAUAUUUUUGGAUAUUUCAUUGUUAUCGAUGUUAGAAUGAGUCUAUUUUAGAAAAUGGCAAACGUCGACAAUCGAGACAAUUUUAAAGUGGUCAUCAAAUCACGACCUUUAAUCAAACGCGAACGAGACAAAAGUCAGACAAGUCAGUGGAAAAUUGAAGGAAAUACUAUUGAGUGUGUCAAUCCACUUCUGCCAAAUCAACGGUACACAUUCGAUCAUAUUUACGAUGAGAAUUCAACAACACAAGAGUUAUUCGACCAAGUGGCCAAACCGAUUGUCGAGAAGUCAGUGAAAGGUUUUAAUGGCACCAUAUUUGCAUAUGGUCAAACGUCAUCGGGCAAAACAUACACUAUGGUCGGUGACAAGAAAAAUGUUGGAAUCAUUCGAUUGGCGGCUCGACAUAUAUUCGACGAGAUCAUGCAACACAGUGAACGGUCAUUCAUUGUCAAAGUUAAUUAUCUCGAGAUUUACAACGAAAAAGUGUAUGAUUUGUUGGACGAUAGAAGAGAAAUAAAAAUUCAAGAGUUCGCUAAUGGUGAAUUGAAGUUUGGAUGCACCGGAAAAAAUGUCACAACUGAAGAUGAGAUUUUAAAAUGGGUCGACAAUGGAAAUAAUCAUCGAAAAGUUGCCGAAACAAAUAUGAACGUGCAGUCCAGUCGUUCGCAUGCAAUUUUGCAAAUUGGUAUUGAAUCGGUUUUGGAUUGUGAUGGUGCAUCACAAGUAAGCGUAUUGAAUUUGGUGGACUUGGCCGGUAGUGAAAGAGCAGACUCAACUGGUGCGACCGGUGAACGACUUAAAGAAGCUGGCAAUAUCAAUAAAAGUCUUCUAACACUCAGCAUAGUUAUCAAUAAGCUAGGUGAAGAUCCAGAAGUAAGAACGCACAUUGGUUACCGUGAUUCAAAACUGACACGGAUAUUGGCAACGUCACUCGGUGGUAAUGCGAUGACGAUAAUGAUUUGUAAUAUAACAUCAGCUGCGCUGGAAGAAACGAAUCUUACACUUGGAUUUGCCACACGAGCCAAGAAAAUCGAAAAUAAACCAGUAAUCAAUGAGACGGUGAGUGAUGCGGUAGAAGUGAAACGAGCGAAAAAAUUAAUCAUUCAGCUCGAAGCUCAGCUAGGAGAGAAAUUGAAGGAGAUUGCCGAAUAUCAAAAGAAAGAACAAGAAUUGAACAUGCUGAAAAAAAUUAUAAUUGGAGGAACAAAGAAGCCAAAGAAUGUGGUUGCAUUACAACGUCGCAGGACAUGCCCACCAAACACCAUGCCACCGCCAACUCUAUCACAAUCGCCAUUGCCAAGGAUAGUUGAAAAUGCAGCCGAAAGCAGGGCGGUUUGUAACAUGAGAUUUGGUGAUAUGGGCCGUGAAGUUGAAUGCACCGAUGCAGACUGGGGCACCCUAUUGAAUGAAACGCUCGGAAUGCCUUAUGUCGAUAUCGAUGAAGAUGAAUCGGAUUCAGCAUUAUACAAAUUUCCCAGUCGUCCCGAAUUGAAAAAAUCCGUCGAAUCGGAUGAUAGAUCGGUGAAAACACCACAACAACCACAUCAUUCUGCCCGACGGUCAUUGCUCAAAACACCUAAAUCACUCAAAGAAAUCAUGGGAAAAACGAAUGAAACCGAAUCGCAUUCAUCGGUUGCCAGCCCAAUUGCAUUGGACAAAGAAAAACGCAUUCGCAUGCUCGAAGAUGAAUUGGAACAGGCUCGACAUUUCCAUCAAACAGAAUCAAUAGAAUUACGAACAGACAUCAAGGAAAAAUCAAUUGAGAUCACCGCAUUGAGUGCACAGCUAAAUGAAACGCGUCAAAAAAUAAGUGACAUUGAAAGCCGAUUGGUUGUGGCCGAACGUGAAGCAAAAGAAGCCAAAACUGAAAUGGAGUCGGCCGUUAAAGCAAAGAACUUGGCCGAACAGGUGAAAGCAAGCAUUGAAUACGAGUACGAAGAACAUCAAAAUCGUGCUAAACGCCGAGAAAAGGAAUUGGUUGAGCAGCUUGAGCAAGUUGGCAAUGAUGACUCAAUGAAAGUACUUAAACAAAAAUUGGCUACCAUGACGGAAAAGGUUAAGUCAUUGGAAACUCAAUUGUGGCAAGAUGAUCAAAAUCAUAAAGAUGAAUUGGAAAAUAUGAAUGCAAAGCUGACUGAAAAACUUACUGAAGCUCAAGAGACCAUUGAUCGUGCCGAAAUACAAGCGAACAAAUUCAAAACUCUUCAAAGUGAAUACGAUGUCACUUCAUCGCAGUUGGUGGACAUGAUUGAAGAGAAUGAUCAUCUCAAGGGAAAAUGUGAUGACCUGAACAAAGAAAUCGAAGAGUUAAAAGUCAAAUCCGAAUUGGCCUCAACGCUUGCUGUCAACAAUGCCGAUUCAGAAGCUAAACUCAAGACGCUAAUUCAAGCUCAUGCCAACGAGAUACAAAAGUUAGAAGAAAAUUAUCAAAUUGAAUUGCAAUCUCAUGAACAAAUCAAGAGCUCUCUGACGACCGAAAUUGAACAUUUGAAGCAAACCAUCGAUAAUCACUCGACAGAACUAAGAACAUUAGCCGAUAGUCAUCGUGAAGAAGUCAAUGGUUUAACAGAAAAGCAAACAGUAGCAGUUAAAGAGUUUGAAGUUGACAUUGAAGAGCAAAAGAGAGAAAUUUUGGACGUAAAAAUUGAGCAUGAUGAUUUAUUGGCCUAUUGUAGAAAUUUGGAGCAUUCGAACAAUAUGCUCGAGAAUGCUUGGAAUCAGGCACGUAUGACCGUUGAUUGCAUCAUGAAGGAAAUGGAUGUUUUACGCACCGGAUACAACGAUCUGAAAUUGAAAACCUACGAACAAGAGAUUGAACACUUGAAAUUACAGAAAACAAUAAGCGAAUUUGAUGAUACGAUUAAUUUCAGUGUGUUUAACGAUGAUACAGAAACGAUUUCAAUGGGAAAUUCAACAUCAAUAUGCAAUACGCCUCAGGUUAACAUCAGUAAGAGAAGAUCUGGACGCUUUAGUAAUAGUCGAAUGUCUGUUAUGAACGAUUCUAAAAAACAAGACGAAUCGAUAAAUAACGAUUUUACAAUUCAGUUGAAAUCAGCCAACGAGGAGCGAGACAAAUACGCCGCACGAAUUAAAUUGAUUCUAAAGCGAAUUUCAAGCACCGUUGAACCAGAUAUAUCAUCGUCAAUUGAGGAACAUCCAUUCGACGACAAACUGCUUGAUAAAUUUAUCGCCAGUUUUAACGAAUUAAAAGACCUCAAAGUAAAGUGCAAUCUAUUAGAAGAUGCCAAAGACAAAAACGAACAGCUCAUAUGCAGUUUAAAGAAUGAGCUUACGCGAACAGAGAAGGAUUUGGAUCGUGUAUCAAACGAAAUUGCUGACCUCAAAAUAGUCAUCGCAAACUCUGAAAAUACGAACAGUACUGCUCAAGUGGUAUUCGAUCAGAUGAAACGUGAUUUGGAUGAUAAGCUCACCACAAAAGAGGCUGAACUAAAGAAUGCUACGGAUGAGAUCGUCCAGCUAAAAUCGGUCGUUCAUCAAUAUGAACAGAUGAAAAACGAAACUCUAGAGAAACUGCAUAAAAACGAGUGCAAAAUCACCGGAUUACAAGAAGCAAUCGCCAAUCAUGAGAAUUCCUCGAAACAAAAUCAAGAUGAACAGUGCACAAUUGAAUGGGGACUUAACAAUCAGUUGGCUCUUAUGGUGAAGGGUUUUGAUCGUGCAUUAAACGAAAUCUCUGAACUUAAAGCGGUCAUUGCCAGUUCCGAAAAUUUGAAUUCCAAUAACCAGGUCGAAUUCGAAAAAGGCCAACGUGAAUUGGCCGAUAUGCUCGCUCUAAAAGAUGUUGAACUGAAGAAUGCGAUGAAUGACAUCGUUCAGCUCAAAACCGUUGCCGAUCAAUAUGAACGCCUUAAAAAUGAAACUUUAGAGAAAUUGCAUAAGAACGAAAGCAAAAUCACCGAACUGCAAGAAGUAAUUGCCAGUCAUGAGCGAGCCAAAAUUCAAAAUGAAGAAGAAAUGAAUCAAAUUCUUCGUAAAAUUGAUGAUCAAGCCACACUGAAAGAGAAAAUGACAAGUGAAAUCUCUGAAAUCCAGCAUGAAUUGACGGACAAAGAUGCCCAGCUAAUGAGUUCAAUGGAAGAAAUCGCUCAGCUCAAAGCGGUCGCAGAUCAAUAUGAGCGCUUGAAAAACGAAACACUUGAUAAACUGCAGAAAAACGAACGGAAAAUCACCGAACUUCAAGAAGUUAUUGCCAAUCAUGAGCUAUCGGAAAAGCAACAUCAAGUUGAACUGAACAAAAUUGAAAGUGAACUCAAAAACCAGCUUGCGUUACAGGAGAAGGAUUUAGAUGGUGCAACAAAGGAAAUCUCUGACCUUAAAGCGUCUAUUGCCAAUUCGGAACAUUCAGUGCGCAAUAUUAAAGAGGAAUUCGAUAAAAUUCAACGUGAAUUGAAUGAUAAGCUUGUACAAAAAGAUGCUGAACUAAAGGCUUCAUUGGAAGAGAUUACACAGCUCAAAACAGUCGCCGACCAGUAUGAACUUUUAAAGACGGAAACUCUGGAGAAAUUGAACAAAACCGAACGCAAAAUUGCGGAAUUGCAAGAAGUUAUUGCUGAGCAUGAGCAAGCCAAAAAGCAAACUCAAGAUGAAUUCAAUAAAAUUCAAAGUACGCUGAACGACCAAGUGGCGCUGAAGGAAAAAGAGUCAAUGCAAGCGUCAAAGGAAAUUGUUGAGCUGAAAGAAAUCAUUGCCAACUAUGAGCGUUUGAAACAACAAAAUCAAACGAGAAUAAAUGAUCUUCAGCAUCAAAUCAAUGUGCUCGAAGAAGAACAAGAAUGUCUAGAGAAACUGAAUAAAAAACUUCAAAAUCAAGUCAGUGAUCACACAGAAGAGAUGAACGGUGUUCAAAGUAAACUGGCUGCCAUGAAACAAUCAAAGGAGAAACUUGAAUUUGAAAAGCAAAAAUUGGUCGAAGAAAUGAAUGCUGUUAAAGGUAAACGACAUGCAACAUUGGCUGGCACCCAUUCAGAUGCAUGGCAAACACAAAGUCCAAGGCGUCGUGAUAAUCGUGAUGUAGACGUUGAGAGUUUAUUGAAAGAAAAUCGAACAUUGAAAUCAAUGCAAGCGGUGCUCGAAAAUGAGGUGGCCGAAUUCAGAAAGUCCACAAGUACGGUACGAAAGAUAAAACGUCAAAGCAUUCACGAUGAUACACGACGUAUUUCUGGUUUUGAUUCGACAAUGAUUGAUUAUGGCACGCAAACGGAUGCAGUCGACGAGAAAUGUGCCUGCGGCGAUAUGGCUAAACAAAUAACAAAACUGAAGCAAGAAUUGGUCAUUAUCGAAGCAAAAUACGCAACAUUCCGUCUCAGUACGGGCGUCGAUGAAUUACAAGCCGAAGUGAAAACACUAAAGGCCGAACUAUCAGCAACCAAAGGAAAAUUGAGCCGAAUUAAUAUCGACUAUGAAAAUCUAUGCGAUAAACACGAAAAAUUGAAGGUUAAAAACGCUAUCGCUUUGUACAAACCAUCAUUAUCGGAUGCUGCCAUACAGACUGACGUAUCGAAAACAAAUCCAACAUUUAUUGAUCAAAUUGACUUUGAACGUGUUAAUAGAAGAGCUGAAAAAUAUAAAAAAGGCUACGAAGAAGCUGUAACCACUUACAAUUCACUCAAAGUCAAAUAUGAAAAUAUGAAAAUCGAACUUGACCAAAAGUCAAGCAAAUGCAUCGAGACAGCUAAAUUAUUGGAAGAAAUUCAACCGAAAUACACAAACAUGAAACGCAUUUGCAAUCAUCGUUGGGACGAGAUUGAAGAAUUCAAAAAGCAAAUUGCCAGUUUUGAAAAGAAUGAAUUGGAUAUGAAAUCGCAGCUCGAAACCAUGAAAGAAAAUCUGGCCAGUUUCAAAGAAACUACAGAAGAUCUGGCUCGAUAUAAACGAAAAUAUGAAAUGGCAAAGAGUAUAUGCGACAAUCGUAGAGUAGAAAUUGAAAGACUGAAUAAGCUAGUAAAUGCAUCGAACAAUGAAAAUGUCCCCAUCAACAAAUAAUUUGCAAUUCUCUCUUGCUUCCUUUUUUAAUGUGUUUUUUUAGUCCGGUAACAAUAAAAUGAGAAUGUUAUAUGUAUGUUUAUAAUUAUGAAUAAUAUGAUAUCUUCUGGUAAAUU